AUGUUUGACAAGAAAAAUUUGGAGACUCGAUCAGUUUUGGAUGAACUGAGGAAUUUUGAGAAGAAUGUUUUCUUCGAUCUCGGCCACCCUCUCCUCAACCGCAUUGCUGACUGCUUCGUCCGAGCUGCCGGGAUUGGGGCAGUUCAAGCGUUAUCAAAAGAAGCAUAUUUCACUGCUGUAGAAGGUUGUAAUGGCGACACCGUUGCUUCUUCGAAGAAGGCGCAACAAGUAGCAGCCCUUAGAGGGGAAACUAACCAAAAAUCAGUUGAGGCAUUGAUGAAGAGGACUGGGAAGGAAACACUACAAUGGGGUAUGGUAGCCGGAGUUUACUCAGGGCUCACCUAUGGGUUGAAAGAGGCUAGAGGCACCCAAGAUUGGAAAAACAGCGCGUUGGCCGGGGCCCUCACUGGAGGGGCCCUGGCGCUAACGCUUGACCAUGGCUCCCACGAAAAGGUAGUGCAGUGUGUUAUAACAGGAGCUGCUUUGUCCACUGCUGCUAAUCUUCUUGCAGGGGUAUUAUAG